UUUGUGUGGAAGAGUGCUCAAAAUGAAAGGACUGUUGAUUGUUUGCUUGGCCGUAUUGGCCUUGACCAGCGCUGCUGAUAAGGAAGAUAAGAAGGGAAAGAAGAGGAGCUUCGAAGCCUACUCAGGAUAUUCUGGUGCCGUACCAGCAGUCCAGUAUGGUUCCUCUUCUCAAUUGUUCGGACAAUCAUCUUCCGUCCUUGGAGGUGAUUUGCAAUCCUCUUCCGUUCUUGGAGGUGGUUUACAAUCCUCUUCCGUCCUUGGAAGUGGUUUGCAAUCCUCUUCCGUUCUUGGAGGUGGUUUACAAUCCUCUUCCGUCCUUGGAGGCGGUUUGGAAUCAUCUUCGCAACUUUUGGGUAGUGGAUAUGGAAGUGGCGUUGAAAACUUACAUGCCCAGACUUACUCUCAAGGACUUCAAGGAUUACAAGGAGUACAAGGAUUGCAAUCAUCCCAAGUACUAGGAGGUGUCCAACAUUUCCAAUCUGCUCAAGCCCAGUUGCCACUUGAACAGAGCUAUUCCCAAGAAGGAUUACAAGGAGUACAAGGACUACAAGGAUUACAAGGAUUACAAUCAUCCCAAGUACUAGGAGAAGUUCAGAAUUUCCAAUCUGCUCAAGCCCAGUUACCACUUGCACAGAGCUAUUCUCAAGGAGAAUACCAAUUGCCAGUUCAAGCUCAAUUACCAGUUCAAUCCCAAGUUGUACAAAGUUAUUCUCAAGAGCAACACGUAAAUCCCACUCACAGUUACAAUUACAUCAGUAAGGCUGUACCUGUAUAUGUACCCAAACCAGUCCCCUAUGAAGUAACUAAGACCGUUCAAGUACCAACUCCAUACAAAGUAACAGUACCAAAACCAUACGCUGUUCCUGUUCAAGUAAGAGUACCAGUAGAAGUACCCAAACCAUACGAAGUUAAAGUAGAACACAGAGUUCCUGUAGCAGUACCCGAAAGAGUACCAGUAGAAAUUCCCAGACCAUACCCAGUUUACAAAACCAAGCAAGUCCGUGUUGAAGUAGAAAAGCCAGUAUACGUUAAAGAGAAAGUAGAAGUUAGAGUACCUGUACCUAAACCAUACCCAGUUGAAGUACCAACUCCAGUUCACAUCAGAGUACCUCAGAGAAUCCUUCUUAAAGUACCACAAAUUGCAGGAGCUCACGCUCACGCUACCCCAUGUGAACACGCUGCUGCUGUACAAGCUGGACGAGUUGUUAACAUCCCCAACUAUGUAUACGGUCAAUCCUACGGAAACUUGGAAGGACAACAAAACCUUCUGGCUGGUCAAUCAUUAUCUGGACUUUCCGAUCAAUCCUCCUUUGGUCGUUCUUCUCUAGAGCAAUUGUCCGUCGGACAAUCUGGAUUGCCAAGUCAAGCUUCUUUGGAACAAUCAUCAAUUGGACAAUCUCUUUCCAAUAUCGCUGAACAAUCUUUGGUCAACAGCCAAGCUGCUUUCGAUCAAUCCGUCCAAGGGCUUGGAGACCAAUCUAACUUAGGUAUCGGACAAGAAUUCCAACACUCCUUUGGAGCAAACCAAGGACUACAAUCUUUCGGAAACGACAACCAGCAAGGUCUUCAAUCUUAUGAAGAAUUUAGAAGAAGUCAUCCAGAAGAUGGAGUUGUCAAUGUAGAAAAAGAAUCUGUUUCUGUAGAAUCUAAAAGUGAAACUGGAGUAUCCGGAGGCAUUUUCGAAUCUAGAUCUGGAUUCGUUGAAGGCAGAUCAGAUGAAACCGUUUCAGUAGAACCACAACCCGCUGCUCCAGCUGUAGAAGUUAGCUCAACCAGCGAACCAGCCGUCGAACAUACUUCAGCUGAAGUUAAAGAAGAAUCAACAGUGCCUUCUGCAACAACUGAUAUUGUUUAAAUUGUGCCAUUUUAUAAGUAUCUCAGUUGUUUGAGAUAAUUUUUUGUAAUAUAGUGUGUAUAUGGUUUAAAACUUAGUUGUUUUCUGGUUUUAUUUCUUUUAUAUCCCUGAAGGUGUAGAAAUUCC